AUGCCACGAUUGAUCAGGCGGCGACCGUUUCUCGAACGAUUGAAAGCGUACCUCAACCCCCUCGACUUCUUAUUAUGGCUUUCUGAAGAGUUUGACUCGAACGACUGGGCGCAAUGGGAAAAAGAGUGGGCCAUUCCUCUAGGCUUUGGAAUAAACGUGCUGUUCUUGGUUGCGAGAGCGAAUAGUCGCAAUCGCAGCAAAGCCUACGAUGAUGUCUUUGGCGAAAAUGGCGGGACAAGCUGGUUGAACUGGCUGGCUUCAUUUGUCGUGCAUCUUCUAGCCCUGUUAUCAGUGGUGAACACGAUCUACACGUUCAAUCGAAAACGAAGUUAUCGGCUGUUCGAAGCGCCCAUUGACACUGUACCUGCGACUCCAUCAGCACAGCGAGUUCAAGUGGCCUCGUCUCCAAGAUCGUCGUCGCCAUUGCGGCUUCUAUCCAACGUUUUGUCAUCCAGCUCUGCAGAAAGUAGAUCCCAUCCAAGACCAGAGCGUGAUGUUUGGCAAGUCGGUGUCUGGGAUCCCCACCCUUUGGCGAUCAGGUUAUUCUGUCUUUUUAGUCCGGGACAUGUGCUUGUAUAUUGGCUUUUUCUGCCCACGGCACCCGCUGACCCUCGACCGAGCGUGACUAUUGUAACGACCAUUUUCUUAGCCGCACUCCUAACAGUUCAGAUGUCGACCCUUUCGUCGUCCUUCACACAGCAAUCGAAAGACAGCUUGUUGAUACAUAAAGAGGUUCUAAAUGAGUACGAUAUCAAAUAUGUCCAUCCCCGGACCCAGCCGUUGAUGCGUCAUGUCGGGACACAGUUUAAUACGGGCGAUUCAUAUCAACCCCAUAAAGACGAGAAAUACAAUAAAGUGGAGACGUAUACGCCUACUGUGAUGCGGCACGGCUUUACAACUAACCCCAAUCCAAACUACCUUCGUCAUAUUGAUCCAGACUCGUCGUCGAAAGGGCUGCAAAGCACUCCUCGCCGACAGUCACUCUCCACUCCGACAAUGACCGUUCCUGGUUCACAGAUAUCAAGCGUACGAACACCAAGAAUUGAUUCAUCGCCGUUGAUUUCACAAAGUGCUAUUCGACAACCACAGUUCCGGCCGACUUCCGGUAAAGGUGAUGGUGGUAGCUUGGGCGUAUACUCCCACUCGCAUUCUCCGUUAAAGAGGGCUACAUCCUCGAAAUUCGAUCAACGCAGUGUUCAUCGUCCUGACGAUUAUGAAAGGAAUAAUAGCAGCCAAAGUCCAGCAAGAUUGCCUAGCAGUCCUCUAAAACGAUCAAGUGUCCCUGCGGGGAUAAGUACGUCCAUUGCCGCUCAAAGAUGGGGACAUUUGGCGAAUCCCAGUAAUAGUAGGAGAGAAAGUGGUCGGUACUGA